AUGGACAAGAAGAGAGUUUCACUUGGACCAAAUGUUAGACAAUCAAUAUCAUUACUUGAAAAAUCAACGAUAAAUGAAGAAUCAUUAAUUCAACCUGUUAGUAGAAGAAGUUCAUUUGCAUUACCAGCACCUCGACAAUCGAUCAGAAGAUCAAUAGUACCUCCAAGACAACAUUUGAGUGAUGAAGAAAUUAAAAAGAUGUAUGCAGAAUGUUAUUUAUUAUGUGAUCAAAGAAAAGUUAAUGAAAAGAAUGUUUGGGCUUUAUCAUUAAUAGAUUACAUGAAAGAUGUUAUUCAAGUUGAAGCCUUAGAAAAUCAAGGAACAGCAAACUUUGCCAAGGCAGGUCUUGCCAUUGAUGCUGGUGUUCAGAUUUAUUCAGUCAGAGUAGAUGCUGUGCAUAAAAAAACAUUUGCUGUUGUUGAUACAAUCAAACAGGCUGAAGCAGUUGAGGAAGAUUUAAGUAGUUUUGAUGAGACAUUAGAAAAACCUGAGGAUGAUGCAACACAAAGUCCUCAACAAACUCAAAAAAAAGGAAGAACAAAAAAAAAUCGUACUAACACACAAAAAAUAACUAUUGAAAAACACCCUAAUACUCUUCUUAGUAAAUCAGACAAAGCAGAGUUUCAUAAGGAUAGAUUGUUCCAUCAAAGAGUUAGUGCGUUAGAAGGCAAAUCAAUAUUAGAAGAUGUUGUGCAUAAUUAUGGUGAUUUUAUUUCUGGAGAUUAUGCUGAAAUAGUUGAUAUUGAAGAAGAAGAUGGUGAUUUUGAAGAUCCUGAGAUUGAUUGGAAAGGAAAUAAUGCAUCUCAACUUAAUAUAGUUGAAUUAAAUACUCAAGAUAAGAACACUUUAAUAAGUACUAUCAUUGAUGAUCUUAGAACUCCUAAUGCCACUCAAGAAGCUAUUUUAGAAAGACAAGAAAUUGCAGAUAAAUUAUUAGAGGAUCUUCCUAAUGAUGAAGUAAUGCCAUACAUAGAUGAUGUUAAUCCAGUUGAUGAUCAAGGAGGAGAAAUACUACCAACACAAGAACCAGAUCAUUCAGGCAAUCCUAAUUUAUUGGCACCAAUUGUUUCUCGAAGUGGAUUUACAUACUUUGAUCCAAAUUUAUAUAACAUUAAAGAGAUUCAAAAAAGAAUUCGAGUUGAUGCUAAGAUUGGGAAAUUUAUCAAACCAAAAGUAGAAAAGAAACAACGAGAAAAGAAAGAAGUUCAGACAAUGUUUGAUUUAAGAGGAAUGAAGACUGAGCCAUUUAAAAAAUUAUUCAGUAAGAAAGCCACAACAAAAGAAGUAAGGUUAUUCGAAAAGAUGAAACCUACGUUUAAUGAAAUUGAUAUUAAUGAAUUUUCUCGAUUAAUGCUUGUUCCCUUAAAACGACUUAGUAGUGGAGAUGAAAAGGUAAUAGAAGCUGUUGAAGAAGAAAAGAGAGAAUCUUUACUUCAAUCCAGGGCAAGUGUUCUUAAUGGAAAUAGAGCAACACUAAAUGGAAUGAGACAGUCAGUUAUUGGACAAGGUAAAUCUAUAUUAAAAGGUGAAGAAGAUGAAGAAGAUGAAAGGAUGUUUAUGAGAAGUGAUGAUGAAGAAGAGGAAAAGAAAAAAGAAGAGAGUGUAAUUGAAAAGAAUCAAGGAUUUACUUCUGUGACAAUCCCAAGAAUGAUUAACAUGGAUAAGAUUAUUGCUGCAACUAGGCCAAAAAAUUUGGAUUAUGAUGGAGCAGAAAAAGCAAUUAUUUCAGUAUUAAAGAAAUGGAAAGAAUCAGGAAAAGGAGAUAUUAUUGACUUCCAAUCCAUUCUUGAUGGUAUUGUUGAAGAAAUUGAGGACGAAAAAAAGAAAGACUUGACUGUUCAUUUUGUCUUUGUUUCAUUAAAUAUUCUUUGUUUUAGAACAUGCUACAAAAUUAUCAAAAAAGGUGAAAAUGAUAUUUAUUUGGACAUGUCUGAAUAA